AGAACUUCACCAUGUUUUACUGAAAUUUGGAAUGAAAUAUUACUAUUUAUGAAUGAACAUAAUUUAGAUAUUGAAAUUUCAUCUCAAGAUUCAAAAAGAAAAAGAUUGCAACCCAAUUCUUUGAAAAAUUUUGUUGUCUCUACUCCUACUAGUGAUCAAUAUAAAUCCAAUGAAAAUAUAAAAAAAAUUAGUGUCGAAGAUCAUUUUAGAACUUCAGCUUUUUUUCCAAUUAUAGAUGCUAUAGUUGAAAAUUUAAAGAAAAGGUUUUCGCAAGAAAGUUUAACUAUGGCUUCAUCAGUUGAUUUUUUUCUUAAUUUAAACUUCAAGGAAAGUUAUCAUUUUAUUGAUCAUUAUCAUUCUUCAAUGGAUGUAUCUAAAGAAUGUCUUAAUUGUGAGAUGACAGUUGCUAAAAAUGUUAUUUUACAAUCCAUUGGUCCUGAUGCGGAUAUGAAUGUCGAGAAUAUUAUACCUAUAUUAUUUGAAAACAAAUCAACGUUCCCGAAUUUGUACAAAUUAUUUAAUGUAGCCUUAACUUUACCUAUAAGUUCAGCUACAUGCGAAAGAAGCUUUUCAGCUAUGAAAAAAAUUAAAACUUGGCUUAGAAAUUCAAUGACGCAAGAUAAAUUUACAAAUGUAUCAAUUUUAUAUAUUGAAAAAGAUAUUUCUAAAAACAUUAAUGUGGAGGAAAUUUUAAAUUUAUUCGCGAAUGAAAAUAGAUAUUUAUUAUUGAAGUAGUAUUUAAUAUAUAAUUUUUAAUUGUAUAAUAUGUUAAUUAUUUACUUUUUAUUCAUUAUUAUUAUGUUAUUUAAUUGGGGGUGCGGGGGCGAAGCCCCUGCGGGUCACUUUGUGUAAAAAAUGUUAGCCCCCCUCAAAAUAUAACUAAAUGUCCGCCUAUGAGUCUAAUAAUACAUAAAUUAUUAAAAAAAAAAUAACGCAAAAUAUUCGCUGUAUAAGAUUAUUAAAAAUGAUCACAAAAUUCAA